CAGCGGCGGAGCGGUAAAAUGGCCGCCGGUGCCGUGUGAGCUUUUUUGCUGAGCUCUCACCUCGAUUUAUUGCCCGCGCUUUCCGAUGGAGCCGUCCUGGGUCGGAGAUGGAAGUUUGAUGACCGUGGUGUCAUGAAAAACCAUAGCCGUACUGCUGAGCUGGGCAACCCAUCGCGCCCACUGACACUGCAUGUUGUCGCUAUAGGCGGCGGGCGGGCGGCGUGGCCUUGUGUGGCCGGCUCGGCGGCCGCCGCCGGCGCGCGCACGAUUAGAUACUGGGCGGUGGGCGGAGAGAGCAGUCGCUCGCGGUGUGGCGGCGGCCAGUCGAGAGCGCGUGGCGGGCCGGUGAGCAGCGAGAACCAGCCAUGGACCCGGCGGAGACCAACGGACCCGUGCUCACCCUGCUGCUCAUCAGACAUGGCCAGUGCACCAGCAACCUGCAGCACCUGGUCUCGGGCCGCACAGACAGCUCGCUCACCGAACAGGGCCAACAGGAGGCGGAGCUCCUCGGAAAGUACUUCAGGAAGAACAACAUCCCCAUUGACCGGAUCUACUCUUCGCCGCUGAUCCGGGCGUACAAGACGGCACUGGAACUGGCGGGCGACCGGCAACAGGUCAUCGUCGACCCGAGGCUCAUAGAAAAGUUCUAUGGCGUUUGUGAGGGCAUUCCCGAGGCCGAAUGGUUCGAGAUGAUGCAGAAAUCCGGCAAAGACGUCUACCACUACACUCCGGAGGGAGGCGAGCCCUCGGAGAGCGUGCACCAGCGAAUCACAGACUUCUUCUGGUCGAUCGUCAACGAGACUGUGCCAGAGUCGACCGCAGCGUCAUCUACAUCAGGUAGUUCCUCCUCCGACCGCCAGGCGCCGCGGCGGACGACCGUGGCCGCCGUGACACACGGCGCCGUCCUGUAUGGCUACGCCCUGUUCUUCAUGAUGGAGCUGGGAGCGCUCAAACUGGAAAACCCCGAGGCCACGCCCAUCUGUAACACAGGCGUGUGUCAGUUCGACUUUUGGCGUGACGCCAACGGCAAGCUAGUGGGUAAGAUGAUCUACCUUAACCGGCUAGACCACAUCAACGGCGCCAGUUUUAGCGUGAAAAAGGUGGCGGCCGGUCAGAUGUACGAUUAGACGCAGGUCGGCCCCGGAGGGGCCAUCCGCGCCGCCGUGGUACUCAGGACAGGUCAUUGCUGCUCCGCGGAACUGCGGAGACUGAGGUCUUCCGUGACUGAGCUCUUCACCAAGCCUGCCGAUCGCAGCUGUCGAGAUACGGCGGAUACCGUCAUUCCAGAGAAGAGUUCUAUCUUCGGAAAGGAUCAUACUUGCUAGACGGCAUUUUCGCCGUUAAGUAAUAACUAUUUUAAAGCUGAAAGUCUUGUUGCCGAAGAGUUACAUGUUCGGACUGGUUUGCUUUGUUGAAAGAUACGAGCAACUCCAGAGAGCCAGUCUAUUUACAGCAGUUAGUUCUGUUUAGGCAGAGUUACAAUGAAUCCCGUUGAUCCAAUCAGCCCUAGUUUACGGCACUGUCACAGUCGAGUGUUGAUGUCGCUGUUAUUUGAUGCGUGCUCGAUGUUUUUGAUUGCACAACACAUGUUUCCACAAUGGCGGCGAUUCGAGAUGGUCAGCGAAUGCUGCGAUUUGAGCCGCUUUUGCUAUGUGGUCUGUUGCUGGGAGUCUAUGUUGUUAUCAUGCCGAAUUGCCAUUCUGCUGUGAAAUAAAUGCAAAUUUGCGAGGGACCAACAA